UACCUCAUUUCUGAAGUGAGACUAGGAAGAGAAGAUGAAGAAUUCCCUGGAUUAUCUGGCCUACCCUGUUAUCGUCUCUAAUCACAGGCAAAGCACAACCUUCAGAAAGAAACUGGACUUUGGCCACUAUGUAUCUCACAAGAAUAGAAUACAAAUAGUGAAGCCUGCUGUUGAUACCAAACCUCCAGUGGCGCACACACAUCACAUUUUAAAAUUGAGCAAACUACAGGGUGAACAAAAGAAAAUCAACAAAAUCGAGUAUGAAAACAAGCAACUGUGUCAGAAAAUCGCAAAUGCCCAUCGAGGCCCUGCCAAGGUGGAUUGCUGGAAUGAAUAUUUUUCCAAGAGCUUAAACAGAGAAGCAAGGAACCGCGAGCUAGUGAGAAUCACCAUGGAAAACCAGGGCAUUCUGAAAAGGCUUGUUGAUCGCAAACCCUACUAUGACCGCAGGGCAUCUGAGAUAGACUGGCAGAAUUCAAGGCGCUAUAUCAGAAAUACCACGAGAUAUCUUCUCUCCCAAAAUGAAUAGGUUACUCACCAUGGAAAAGAUACAUGAGAAGGCCCUAGGAUUUCUUGGCUGCUUAGAAUCUCAAGACACUCCUGAGUGGCUGAAUGCUCAAUCUUCAGAUGCUUCAAUAAAGCUUGGAACAUAAAAUGCGUAAGUUACAUUUAGGGGACCCAAAGGCUUUACGUUCUCAUUCCAAAAUGGGGCAGGCAGAAGGAAAGAUGCAAUGAGCAUUUUUAUUUGGGGCCAUGAAAAGAAGUUUUAAUGAGAGAAAGAGAGAGAGAAAUCUGAGAGAACUCUUUAAAACAUACACCAUCAUCACCAUUCCACGGAAGAAGAAAAGCUGGGGUGAGACCAUCCAGCCACGAGUACAGCACUGUCAAAAUGGAAAACAAACUCACAUGACAACAUCAAGGUUCAGAAAACACAAGGAACAAAUGCCGUUAGUUCUCUGUGAAUACACACAAUCG